GAAUUUAAAGCGGGUAUACGGAAGCCAGGACCGUGUCUCCAUGACAACCGACGUUGGCGCUUUCAGGAAACCAACACAAAAGGAAAGAACAAAAUCAUCCAUAGCUACAAGAAGUACAGUUGGGAUGUCCUAAAUCCUGUGUGUACACACAGGAUCCAUUUCAGUACGUAGGAAGUGAGCCAGGAGUCAUUUUCUGGGGAACUGUGGAAUGUGCCCUUGGGAGCCGAAGAAAGCAGAAGGAAGAUGCUGCAGACCAGCAACUACAGCCUGGUACUCACCCUGCAGUUCCUGCUGCUGUCCUAUGACCUGUUUGUCAAUUCCUUCUCAGAGCUGCUGCGAAUGGCUCCAGUCAUCCAGCUGGUACUCUUCAUCAUCCAGGAUAUUGCAAUCCUCUUCAACAUCAUCAUCAUUUUCCUCAUGUUCUUCAACACCUUCGUCUUCCAGGCUGGCCUGGUCAACCUCCUAUUCCAUAAGUUCAAAGGGACCAUCAUCCUGACAACUGUAUACUUCGCCCUCAGCAUCUCCUUUCAUGUCUGGGUCAUGAACUUACGCUGGAAAAGCCCCAACCGCUUUGUUUGGACAGAUGGACUUCAAACACUGUUUGUAUUCCAGAGACUAGUGGCAGUGCUGUACUGUUACUUCUACAAACGGACAGCUAUGAGACUGGGUGACCCCCGCUUUUACCAGGACUCUUUAUGGCUGCGCAAGGAGUUCAUGCAAGUCCGAAGGUGACUGCGUCUUGUCACACUGAUGAAAGUCUUCCUGGUCAAAGCCACCUGAGCUGCUCUUCAGGGAAUGUAAGCCAUCUGUGUCAGGAAACAGUUGGAAUGCCACGGACAGGACCAGGCCAGGUGUUUUCAGCAUUCAGGAAGGAAGAGCCUCCCUCUUGCAAAUUAAAGUGUUCCCCAGUCUCUAGUACAUAAGCUUUCCUUGGCUCCUACCUCAGUUCUGUCUGUUUCCUCUGUACCACUCAUUCCCCUGACCCUCCUCCUUACUGUGGGCGCCAUGGCUCUCACCCUUUAAAGCUUUUGAUUCAGUCUUGGAAUGGACCUCCCAGCCCCUACUCUUCUAGCACCACACUUGAUUGAUCAAAGGAUGCAAAGAGUGAUAAUUACUGUGAGCCUGACUGAUCACAUCUUAGAUAUUUAGAU